AUGGCUUCCAUUGUUUUCAACUGCUCAUUUUCUUUGUUGGCUUCUAUAUUUCUAAUUAAUCAUUGUUCAUGUUUCAAUCCCAUGUUCUUCAAUCUCUCGGCUUCUGUGAGCAGCUGGGCUCCUGCUAUUGCCACGUGGUAUGGAUCUCCAGAUGGUGCAGGAAGCGAUGGUGGUGCAUGUGGUUUCGGUGAUGCAGUAGAAAAACCCCCGUACAACAAAAUGAUUGCUGCGGGAAACCCUCCUCUAUUCAACUCAGGCAAAGGAUGUGGUGUUUGUUAUCAGGUUAGGUGUAACGGGAGCGCAGCAUGUACGGGUAAUCCCGUUACGGUCACGAUAACGGAUAGUUGCCCGGGUGGCCCGUGCGCAUCCGACCCCAUCCAUUUCGAUCUGAGCGGGACUGCUUUUGGGGCAUUGGCUAAGUCUGGUCAAGCUGAUCAACUUCGUAAUGCAGGAUCAAUUGAGAUUCAAUACAACCGGGUUCCGUGCAACUACAAAGGUUUCCAUGUGGCCUUCAAAGUGGACUCCGGCUCGACCCCAAACUACUUCGCUGUGGUUGUCGAAUAUAACUCAGGUGAUGGAGCCCUCGCUGGUGUCGACAUUCAGCAAUCGGGUUUGAACACAUGGCAGCCGAUGAAGCAAUCGUGGGGAGCCACGUGGCAGUUGAACGUCGGUUCACCGCUCAUAGCGCCCUUCUCAAUUCGACUAACUUCGGUCGGAUCCAAAAGACAGAUUGUGGCUCGUACGUGA